AUGUGGUCUAAGCUCGGCAUCUUCAUUGCAGUAUUUGAACUGACUCAUCGAGUUUAUUGCGCAGAUAUCCCGUACUCGGACAUGUACCUUCCAGGUGAAACCAAUGGCUUCGUAUGCGAAACAGAUAAUUUUACAAUUGAUCAUCUACGGGAAGUAGUAAAAAGAAUUAUGGAAUUAACAUUUUUUGAGAAAUAUUACCAAAAAUUUCCAAAACUAUUUGAAGAUACACAUCUAUUCAAUGUUAAAUCUGACAUUCUUCUCUCGUGGCCUGUUUUGCCCAACCAGAAAUUUCAUUCGAGCAAUCCAGGGAGAAUACGCCUUAUAAUAAAUAUUAGGGGACAAAUCAUGGGUAUGGUAAUUGUAAACCCUAAGGAGCGCAAAAAAAAAGUUACCUUCGAAAAAUGCAACCCAGUACGCAGGUUUAUAGAAGAGGCCAGCAACGAACUUCAAAUCUCAGAUGAGAAUUUGGGCAUGAGUAGACCCGUGCUUGGAUUCAAAUGCGGGUUGAAAGUAGUUCCAUGGUCCAAUAUUGAUAGAAUAACGGAAUUUUUCUCGGAUGAUUCCUUCCGAAAACGACUGAAAGAAAAAAACUAUCUCGCCAACCUUAAAAAAUAUACGGGUGACGAUUUUGUUGGAGUUGACCUUUAUUAUUUUCCUGUCCACAAGAAACUUUCAAACAGAAUUACCUUUGUGACGACUAGUCAAUUCUGGCUUGUUUUUGAUAUGAGCAAUAAUAAAUUCAAGGGUAUCGUCAACUUACAUGAUAGAAAUGACAAAUGUGUAGCCUUAUGGGAUUUAUCAUCCACUUCAUCAGAUAAUAUUUAUGUCCCAUCCUCUAUCUUAAAUCUUGACAGAAUCAAGUCCAAAACAAUUUGGCUUUAUUUAGAGUUCGCCUUGAAAAAUUGGAAGUCGAGACUACAUGGCAGACAACUCAACUUCCCUCUUGUAAAAAACAGAAUAAUUAAACUCUGGCCUAUGAGAUUUCCAGAAACUGAUGAUAACAGACUCUAUCAUGGAUUCGCUAUAGGUCAUGACACUAGCCUUGAAACUUACCACCUUUACCAUGCUCAAAUACGUGAUGGUAUCUUUAUUAAUCUGGAACCAUGCUUGGACUUUUCUCAUGAAAUCAUCCAUCAUUUACAGAAAAUUCUUUUGCCAGCUACAGAUUUUUAG